UUCCCUUUGUCUCAUAUCCAAUUAGAAAUUCAAGAUGCAGAAAAAUUUCUUAACCCUGCUUGUGCUUCUCAUCAUUUUGAGUUUCUCAUCAUAUGUUCUCUCUUCCUCUUCUUCACCUGGUGAAAAAGAUACACCAGUUCUACCUACUUUAGCUAAGGUGAUUGAGAAUUAUGGAGAGGAAGUGAUGCUAGUUGAUGUGGAGGAAGGAAUACUAGAAAGGAGGAUGGAUUUGGAAACCCAAGACUAUGAUGGGACAGGAGCAAAUAGAGAUCAUGAGCCUAAACCUCCUAGGGUUUAAUCUCUAAUUGACAUUGACAAUGCCAUUAAAUAUAUGUUUGUUUGUCUUUUUUAUUAUGAUUGUAACGGAAUAAUAUAUUUGCAUGGAUAUGGUUAUCUUUAAUUUUUUUAAUUGUAAUAUGAAUUUGCUAUGUCACGCCUAUGUCAAUUCAAAGUCGCAAAUGGUGUGUAACUUGUGUUGUUAUUUCAAAUAAACAAGGUUGACUUUAUAAUAU